CGCGAAGGUUUCUACUUUCCCCCCCCCUUAGGCUUUUGCAGUCGGCCUGCUCUGUUUGCAAAUGGACGUUGGAGCCGUGCUAGAGCUGGCAGUAAUUAAGGUUGAGAAUCCAGGAUGUAUUUGGGGGCGACCUGUAAAAAGACCUGGUGUACAGGUUGAAAGUCCUCCAGACUAUGAGAACCUGCAGGUUAAAAUGAAUCUCUUUUAUCAUAGUGUCACCCUGGAUGUCCAGAAAGUAAAGCUAUCAUCACUGGAGAAGGGACAGGUGUGUGUUGUGUUUUGGCCAGUGAUAAAGAGCUGGUGUCGGGCCAGAGUGGAGUCUCUGUUCCUGGGGUCAGCAAGCAGUCAGGCCACCUGCAUCUUAGUUGACCACGGAGAGCAUAUUGUUGUCAGCACAGAUGAUGUAAGGGCUCCUCUUGACAAGUUCCUGCAACUGCCCUUUCGUGUGCGAAGGUUCGGACUGGCCCGGAUUCACCCGCUAAAACUCAAAGUUCCCCUCUGCAAUAAAACGGCAGAGCUAGUUCCAUCCCCUCACUGGGAUAGCUCUGCUACAAAAUACCUCCACAAUCUCCUACAAGCAUCUGAAUUGGUUGAGGCUGUUAUUUGUGGAACCCAUGAUGAUUGCACAGCUAUUGAGCUUUACCUGACUAUCAGAAGCGUGAAGAUCUGUGUAAAUGAUGAUUUGGUGGUGAAAAGGUUUGCGUGUUUCACAAGUGAGAAGGCUGUGGGAGAUCAGGGUAAAGGUGUCCAUCACGCCCCUGUCUGCUUGACCUGGGAUAUUUUCAGCAAUCCUCAACAUAUUCUCAAAAUGAAUGGUGGCUGGAAAGUGAUGUCUGCUCCUUCACAUCUCCUAACCAGGAAGAGUAAGAGAGAAACGGUGUGUGUGGAUCCUCCAGUGACUGCAGUGAAGUCAGAUAUUCCCACUGAAACCAUAUCUGCCUCCAAUGGACAGGGGGUAUGUGGAGGACAUGACACAAAUGAGGUGCCCAAGAGCCCUGAGGAAGGUUACAUAAAGACUGGAGACUUUGAAGAGUCAUGUACAGAGAAUAUGCUUGCAAAGCAGUUGUCUGAAAAGCUAAACUUGUAUAGAUGUCUCAAGUUUUUGAACCCCUGCUCAGAUUCAAACUUAAGUACCAAACAUGAUGUCCAUGAAGAUAAUCAAAAGGAUUUAAGAACUUCUGAUGAAACAGCAGAGGUACAGAAGGACCUCAGUAGUACAAGUGUCAUCCCCACGGUGCAAAAGGAGUCAGCUUUCACUCAAGAAAAAAGUAUCAAGGACCAAUUUGCCUGUGCCAGAUUGCUACAGUUGCUGAACCCAGAUCCAAUAGGUCCAGACUCAGAAUCUCUUGGUGAUAAUGUUGCAUGCUGUGAUUCCAGCAAAACUGGAGUUUUGGUCCACUCAGUUAUCCCUAUAAACCCCUGUAGCACCCUGAUGCAGGCUCCCAUCACCGAACAUUUCCAUAAAUUCCUGUUAAGGAGGAAGUAUAAAGGACCGAGUCUGUCUGGGAGUUACUGCUGGCCCUCCGUGGCACUAGGUUUUGACACAGUGCUGAUAUGUCACAGUGGAGAAGAUCUUCUCUCCUACAUCCCACCUCUGCUUUCUCAGCUGCAGUUAGCCUCUUUGGUCAAUGCCUCCCCUGCACACAAUGGGCCAAUAGCAGUGAUUGUUUGUCCUGGAAGGGAGAAGGUAGCGUCAGUGCUGGAGCUACUAAAGGAGAGCAAGGCUGCACUACACCUACAUCCUGCUGCUGUGCUGGUUGGAGUAGGCAAGGAUGAGGCCAAACAAACCAACAUUCAGAACAACUGUCGGUUGCUGGUUACCACCUCGUUCAGCCUGGUCAGAUUGCUGGAGGUGCAGUUAUUCUUCUUUCAAAGGCUCUGCCACCUGAUUCUGGAUGAGGCUCAUGAGCUCUUCUCAAGAGCUCCUGAACAGAUGAUCAUCAUCUUACAACAUUACCAGAAAGUGGUGUCCAGGCCAGAGAGAAUGUGUGUGCAGCAGCUUGUUGCUGUAGGCAGUCGUUGGUGUCGGGAGCUGGAGACUGUGGUCCAAAAUUACAUGUUUAACCCCUGCAUCAUUAUCACAGUGCCAGAGGAGGCAGCUUUAUAUGGUGGGGUUCAGCAGACAAUACUGAUGUGUCUGGACUGCAAUAAGACCUCAGUGCUACUCGGUUCUUUGGACUUCAGCCCCUCUGUCCCACAGAAAACCCUUCUCAUCACUAACUCAGCAGAGGAGGUGGAGCAUGUAUACAAGGCUCUCAGCAACACAGCAGCAUUCUCUCUAAAAGUUCACGAGGGCCUUACCUAUCAGUUUGAUUUUGUGAUUGGGCAGUGGAGGAAAGACAUUGGUCCAGGCACUCAGAUUAUUUUAGUUACCACCAAUGAGUGCUUAAAGGCUCUUGGUAUCAGGGAUGCCACGUGCGUUGUGCAUUAUGGUUUCCCCAGCUCUCCUAAAUUGUUUGGUAGCCGGAUGUUCUGCAUGGUUGAGAACUUUAAGAAUCUCUCCUAUAAGAAUCAUUCCGAGGGCUUGUCUCCUGCAGCACGUUCUGUGUUGCUGCUGUCAGAGCAGAAUGUUCGUCAUGUAUUCGGUGUCCUGCGCUACCUGAAGCGUACAGACACUCCACUGCCACCAGAGCUCCUGCAGACUGCCCAGAAAGUUCAGCAGGCCAAGGAACAGCGUAAAGCUGACCGUGCUCUUUGCAGCUAUAUGAAGAGCCUGGGCUUCUGCAGGGACAGCACAGGCUGCCCAGACAGACACGUAGUCAACAAAAUUCUUGAUUCUCCCCAACACCUGGACUCUGGGACUAUUUUGGUGCUGCCCCUUUACAUCAAGACUGCGAGUGUGUAUUAUGGGCGUAUUGUGGACCAGAAGGAGAACUGUUUUGAGAAACUUGCUGCUGAGAUGAAGUCACACUACGCUAAAGGGAGGCCUCUUACAACAGAGGUGGUAGAGGGAGGCUUUUAUGCGGUGCAGGAAGGGGAUAUACAUCAUAGGGUGUGUGUGACCAUGGUGCCAGACAAGGGAGACAGGCUGUUCAACAGCGUCACCGUUCGAUUUGUGGAUGAAGGACGUGUACAGGAAAUGAAAUCGCAUCAGUUACUGCAGCUUCCUCUGGAGUUUCAGAACUUACCGGGUCAGGCUGUGGAAAUCAUUCUGUGUAGGGCCCAACCCAUUGAUGGAGAGAUCGACUGGAACCCAAAGGUUACUAGAGCUAUCAGUCAGAAAAUCAAAGGAAAAAUACAUCAUGCCAAGGUGGUGAUGUGUUUGGGAAAUACUAUAUGGGUUGAUCCUAUGGUACGCAUGACACGCAUGCCUGGUCUGAAGAUCUUAAUAAACGAAUAUAAUGUCCAUGCAGAGAUUGCAGCCACUGGGAUGGGCACUACAAACCCUCAGCAUCUGGAGCUACUAAAGUCGCUGUGCCAGAAAGAGAAGACAUCUGCUGUGGUGGAGUUCAGUGAGAGUAAUGGAUGUGAGAGUGAGGUGGUGUCUCUGGAACAGAGGAUUCAUGCAGUUGGGGAAGUUCUUGCCAGAAAGGUGAAGGCUGGAAUGCAAAUUGCUGAGUCUACAGAUACUGAACUUUGUGAACCCUUACAGAACUUUCAAAACACAAACCAGGUCACUGAAUCUAACAGAGGACAAAGUCAGAUCUCUGUGGAAGGCAGAAAUGAUGCUGAACACCUGGUGAGGUCUGCUGAUCUAACAUGUUUACCUCAAGACUGGACUCCUGCUCUUUCUAAUGGCUCAGUUAAAGCUGACCAUGAAUUUAACAAUGAAGUCUUACACACUGGCUGUAGACAGGAUAUUGCUGCACCAAAAAGUUUCCAUCCACAAAUCAAGUGGUAUCAAGAAGAAAACUCAGUCACUCUUAAGAUAAAGCUUACCAACCCCAUGAUGCAGACGUGUGAGUUUUUCUCUGAUAGAGUCCUUUACAGUGCAUAUUUAAACAGACAGCGGUAUUGUGCCAAUCUGGAGCUGCACAGUGACAUCAGCACAGAGCAGUGCUCAUGGAAAAUGACAUGCAGCGAACCAGUAAUCAAACUGGUGAAGAAAAAGAAAGGCGAGUGGAAAUCACUGCUUAAAUACAAGAGUGCUUUUGUAAGCUAUGAUUUUGACCACAUUGAAGUUGAAGAAAUUUCUCUCUUAAAUGGUACUUGGUUUGUGGGUGACACAGGAGAAGAGGGCUACUACAAGAGCUCAGAAGAACAGAGUCUGAGUGAUAGUGACUAAACAGAAAAUGGUUUACAUACCAACAGUUCAUAUAAAAGUCAUCUUGCAAUCUUUAUUGGAAUGUAGCAACCAACUAAAUUUGAGUGACAAAGAAACAGACACUUAAGGAAAAAAAGAAGACAGAUCCUAUUGUUUUUGCUAUAAACUAAAGACAUUCAUAUUCAAAAUAUUUAAAAAAUGCACAUGAAAUAGUAGAUCAGAAUUUUUGUUUCCAUUUUCUGAUUCUACAUCCACAGUGGUGGCCAAAAAUAUUAGGACAACAUAUGCCAUGCAUUAUAGUUCAACUCGUGCACAAAAUAGGUGAUUUCACUAAUUAGUUUUAGCCUGUGUGGCUGAAGAGUUGGGUUAAUUAACUAAAAAAAACUAGUAUACAGCUGUGUAUGUAACGAUGGUAUUCAGCUUUUAGAGCCAUGGCCUGGUUCAUCGCCAGACCUAAACCAAUAGAACACUGUUGGACAAUGGUAAAAAAAGCCAGUAACAGUCAAGAAAUCAUCAUCUAUAUAUAAUCUUUGGGAAGCGUCAAGCAGGCAUGGAUUGAUCAAGUGACACCAGAGUACUCUAGAUGUCUUUUUGAUUCUAUCCUCCGUCAAAUCCAGAAAGUUAUAACUAGGCUAGGUAAAGACUUAAUACUAAAUAUUGAUUGUUGUAUAAAUAAUUCUUGUUAUCUUUAUCAUUUAAAAAAAAUUGAACGCCAGUAAAGCAUUGAAUUUUGCUUUUGAUCCCACUUCUACCUUUUUUGCCACUACUGUAGAUUUGUUAAACAACUUUAAUUUUGCCACCUUGUGUUUGAUCCCAUCCUUUUUAAGUGAUCAAAAUUAAGGAACAUGUGACUGUCGCCUUGCACCUCCAGGGGUCCAGGCUCGAUUCCCGUCUCUGUUUGCAUGUUCUCCCCGUGCUUGGUGGGUUUCCUCCGGGUACUCCGGUUUUCUCCCACAGUCCAAAGACCUGGAGGUUAGGCUAAUUGACGUUCCCAAAUUGCCUGUAGCAAGGGUGUAUCCUGCCUUAUGCUCAAAGCCUCUUGGGAUAGGCUCCCCGCGACCCUGAAUACAGGAUUAAGCGGUAUAGAA